AUGCCAAGUAACCGUUUUAUUGGUAAGCCACAAAUGGGAUCGACCAUGAAUGGUGGUUUAGGUAUAGAGAAACAAUAUGAUUAUCUACAUAUUCCACAAUGCUUGCCUAAUGAACUGGAGUUUGUUGUGAGGGACUUUCGAAAUAAAAUAGUGAAUAUGAUGAACAAUGGUGAUGGCAAUAAUAGGAAUCGUUUGUACUCUCAAACACAUAAUUAUAGGAACUUUAACUUUAGAUUAAUGAUUUUACCUAAGGUGAAGUUGUCUCCAGGAGGAUCUUUAGAUGGUCAUAUAUCUGCAUAUCUAGAGGCAGUUCCACUAGAAAAUUGGCCAAGUAACUGGGUAUGGAUCAAUACAAGAUAUACUGUUACUUUGGUAAACCAAAGGGACUACAGAAAAUCUCACUUUAUGAGUGAUAUAUUUAAUUUUAAGGGAGAGAAUAUCAUUAAGAAGAACCCUGGGAAGAAUUUAGAAUUUGUCUCUGCAGGACCAGAAGCUGAUAGAGGAUGGAGUGAAUAUUUCAAUUUGAAGACACUUUUAGACUCAAAAAGUGGUUUUAUGGACCCAACAAGUGAAACUGUAGUAUUCAGAGCUGGUGUAUAUCCUAUCACAUGUGAGCCAACAUCAUAUGGUAAGGGUAAUAUGGAUACUAUAGGUACUGAAAGAUCUGCUACUGGCUAUGUUGGACUACGUAACCUAGGCGCUACUUGCUAUAUGAAUUCUUUACUGCAAUCUUUGUACCAUAUUGGUCACUUUAGGAAAGCAGUUUAUGCUAUUCCACUAGAUGUUGAACAGUUAAGUGAUCCAUCAGAUUCUAAUGACUCAGCACAAUCGCCUGAAGGCUCUAGUAGUAAAAGUAGCUAUUCUUUUUCUCCUGAAGUUCAGAGCAACACAAAUUCUCCCCCAAGUACUUCAUCACCAGACAUUCAAUCUACGAAUUUACCAGUAAUGCUAUUAGGAAAUGCCUCAUCAGAUGCAAUUGACUGGUCAAGUGAGGAUGCUAGACAUUUGUUAGAUUUUGAAUCAGAUAUGAUAAUGCUAAACGAAGGGAUGACAAGUUUAGAAAGUAUAGUAUCAAAUGUGAGCAACUCUGACAAACAAUAUAACAAUAAUUCUAAUAAGAGUCUUACUAGAAUUAGUUUGGCCCUACAAACUUUGUUUUAUGAGUUACAAACGAGUAGUGAUGCAGUAAGCUGUCGAGAACUUUUAAAGUCUUUUGGAUGGGAUGCUGCAGAUGCCUUUACUCAACAUGAUGCACAAGAAUUGAAUAGAUUACUAUGUGAUAGAUUGGAGGAAGAAAUGAAGAAUACUAAUGUGGAUGGAACUAUAAAGGCUCUUUUUGAAGGAGAGUAUGAGAAUUACAUUGAAUGUCUAGAUGUAGAUUGUACUUCCAAACGUACUGAGAAUUUUUACGAUCUCCAAGUAGAUGUAAAAGGAGUAAAUUCUUUAGAAGAGAGUUUAGAAAAAUUUAUUGAGGAAGAAAUUUUAGAUGGAGAUAAUCUUUAUGAAGCUGAAGGAUUUGGUAAACAAAGAGCUAAGAAGGGUGUUAGAUUCCAGAGGUUUCCGCCAGUUAUCCAAUUUCAUCUAAAACGGUUUCAAUUUAAUCUUCAAAGUAUGGAUAUGGUCAAACUGAACGAUUACUUUGCUUUCCCUGAAGUUUUGGAUUUAUCUAAUUAUAUUCAGAGAGGUAAUGAAGUGUCCAAUAGAAAUAUAAGUAGUAAAGAUAAGGAUUUGUAUGUAUUACAUACAGUUGUUAUUCAUCAAGGUGAUGUUCAUAGUGGACAUUAUUAUGCUUAUAUAAGACCAAGACCUAACAUGAACUGGCUUAGAUUUGAUGAUGAAAAGGUCACAGUUGUUUCAGCAAGUACAGCUAUGGAAGAUAACUUUGGAGGAUAUGAAUAUGAUGUUUGGGAUUAUUUAGGUAACCCAGAUCGCGAUAUACCAAGAAGAUCGAAGACUCAUUCUGCUUACAUAUUAGUAUAUGUAAAAAGAGAUUUGGUUAGCGAACUACUUAAAGAGCCCAUACCAGAAGAGAUUAAUUCUGAUUUAGUAUUAAAGUGUAGAAGGGAGACUGAAUUACUGAAAACUAGGAAAAAACUUCGUUAUGAUAUUAAUGAACAUGUCCGAAUACAAUUAAUAUUUUCAAUAAGUUACGAUAUAUCUCACAAUACAAGGUCGAAGUUAUCUGGACUUCAUAAUACAGUUCAUUCAUUUCCUUGGAACUGUAUCUUCAAAUGUCCUAGAGACUUUCCUAUUAAUCAGUUACACUCUGAACUAGAAAAGAAAUUUGUAAGGAGUAGGAAAAGUGGAAAUAAUCAGAUAAACUCUAAUCAUACUGUUAAUGAUACAAAUAACAAUUUGGGGUCGUUCCUAUUUCUUUUAGAAAACCAUGAUAAUAGACAAAAUGAUGGGAAUAUUGGGGCAUCAUGCUUGUUAUUUUCAACCUGUAUCUCUUCUACAAUAAAUGGUUUGGGGAAUAGGGGAUACUUAAAUCGUAAUUUAAGUAGUGGGAAUGUUGUAUUAUCUGACCUAUGUCGUAGAUACCAUAGAGAAGGACUGUGGGAUUCAUCCUGUCCGACAUUAUAUAUGUGCUUAUAUACCCCACCUGAAUAUGAUAUAGUGGAAAAUGGCAUAACACUAGAUGAAUCUUACAUGGAAGAAAGAGAAAAGAUAGAGAAUAAACUGAGAAGAUUAGAUGAUGGUGGGUAUCAAGUCCUAUUAGUUCUAAGAUAUUUUGACAUAUUCUCCUCAGAUAUAAAUGAGAGCUAUAUCCAUGGCAGUUCAAUUAACAAUAUUCAUAAUAUAGGCAUGAUUAUGGUAUCUCAAAAUACGAAGUUAAAGGAUUUAAAUGAUUACAUCUUUAUGGAAAUAAAGAGAGGUAUAUUAUUAGGACGUAUUCAUGAAGUUCCACACAUUACUGAUGAUGCAACUAAAGAAUAUAAAUUUAGAAUUUGUCAAGAAAAAAUUGGAGAUCAGGGGAGACUAUUUCCUUUGUUAGACCCUCGUUAUACUAUUAAUCAAUUGCAACUUACAAAUGGUUCCAGUUUGAUAUUUUCAUGGAAUCUUGAGGAUUCUGUAAUAAAAUCUAAACGGGAUGAACUGCAGUUAUCAUUACUAGAAAUCCCUUCAUUAUCUUCUUCUUGGUUAGACCAGGAUAUAGUUACACAGAGUGACCAAGUCUCAGAUCUUCAUGAUAUUUCGCUGAAAUUACCAGAAUUCCCAGUUCUAGAUUUCCAUUAUUGGUUUGAGAAUCAACAAAAUACCGUGGAGAUUUCCAUAAAUAUUUGGGAUCCUUUAAAUUUAUCUUUACUCUUUGAAAAUUGUCUUCAAAAUGUGGGGACUUUUGAUAUGGAAGAUAAAUCACCAGUUUCAUUAUCUCUAAACAAUACAGUUACAGGAUCAAAUUGUAAAAUAAAAAUUAAAGAGGUACAUAACAUUAAACUAGAUCUAAGGUGGCCCAUCUUAAAGACUUGGUUCUAUAUCUGUAAAGUUAUUCAUGUUGAUCCAAGAUGUUUAGCUAUUGGACGUAGUGGUAUAUCAUCUUCAGAUACUGUUCUUUAUUCAAUUUAUAAGCUAUUAGCUGAGAAUCAAUAUGUACAGACUGUUGGUCAUCUUCUUCAUCAAUUAUAUCCCAAUCAUCACCAUAGUAGGACCCAUAACUUCUCACUUAUUGGUAUUGUUUUGUUGAAUUGUACAUUUUCACCUCUUGUAGACGAAAAUAAACACAUCUUUUGUAUAGAUUGUAUGGAUCAAAAUCUCAAUUUAAGGAGCCGCUACUUUGUGAAUGCUAACUUAUUUGAUAUUUUUGGAGAUAUUAUUAAGGACAUAGCAUCUGGGAAUUGUAUAAUUACACAAAGUGGUGAAGAUAUCAAUAAAGUAUUUGGAUCUAUUGAUAAUUUACGAUUUUUUGAAGGCUCAAAUAGCAGUAGUAUGUUUAGUAUAUAUCGUGAAAAUGAUAAAAUUGCUAAUAUGCAGUCUGUUAGGAACCAACAAAAUAAUAGAAAAACAAUAUAUCUAAGCUUUUUUACUGACACAUUAAGGCUAGAAUUGGAUUAUACUGAUGAAGAGAGACGUCUACUUCAACAAGGAGAUAUAUAUAAUGUAUUAAUUAUCCAAGCUACGAAAGAAAUGGAUUCAGGUGGUUGUGCACUGUUAAUUACAGCUCCUAGAAAUAGUAAAGUAGUAGAUAUCAAGAAUAUUGUAAAGGACAAGCUACUAUUAGAUGAGAAAGUUAUUUCUAGAUGGAGAUUCUAUCGAUAUGAACAAAGAACAAUGGAAUUUAUUAGAGAUAAUGAAAUAAUCACACCCAGAAAUAUUAGUUCUACAAUGAACUUUUAUGGAUUUAUGCCUCAUGUUGUACUAUUAGCUCAACAUUUCCAAUCAAAUACUUUAUUAAAGUCACAUAAUUCUAGACCACUAAGAAUAUAG